AUGGGCUCUUCCAAUGAUUACAGUACUGUCGACUCUACCGAUACCUCUGUCCGAUAUGCAGCCUAUGGUAGCCGCAUUCGCACGAUCCUACUCUCAGCCCACCGUUACGUUGCCUACACAUCUGACAUAGGCGAGUCAUUUCGUCCCGUUGCACACCCGCUACUUGUUCGCUCCGCCUACGGUAUCUCCUGGGCUUACCUGCUGGGCGACGUGAGCCAUGAGGGAUACAAAGCUUAUUUGCGCAAUCGACGUGCUCUCACCCUACCCGGCGAAGCUUACAAAGACGCAAGCGAUGUGCCUCAAAACCAGAUCUUCCGAGGAAUGGCGACAGGAAACCUGUCUCGCCCACUGAACGGCUCCAGCGAUCUUGAGCCAUGGCCUACUACAGAGAUUUCGCUCGCGGAGGAUUACCGUAUGAUCAUGGUGAAGCGUGCGGUGUUUCAGAGUAUCGCCAGUAUGGGUCUGCCAGCUUUGACUAUUCACAGCGUUGUCAAGUACUCUGGACGCAUGCUUAAUAAGGGCAAGCCUACAUUCCUGCGCACUUGGACGCCUAUCGGGCUCGGUCUUGCCGUUGUUCCUUUUCUCCCAUACCUGUUCGAUCAUCCUGUUGAAGAAGCUGUGGACUGGACAUUUGGCACUGCUCUCCGUCUUUACGGUGGUGAGGAUGCUGUUCGUCCCUUGCCUCCGCACGCUCGAGGCAAUGAUCACACACAUGGCCAUGACCAUGAUAAUAGCGCCGCCAAGGAAACUCCCGUCACCACGGCUGCUGCACAGCUUUCGUGGGAGGAGUACAAGGACGAGCGUGAUCGAGUCCGUCAGGUUCGCCGAGAGGAGAAGGCUGGUCAGUCGUGGUCAAGCUGGCUUGGAUUCUCGUCAGGAUCUGAUGAAAAGUCCAAGAAAGAUUAA